AUGUACUUUCUACUUGCCUCUGCUGCACUUGCUACUUCUUGUAGCGCCUUAACCCUUCCCUGGGGUUCACGAGCAACCGUCUCGGGCUUGCUUCCGCCACUCCCUCUCGACCACUUCGAUACCCCCAAAUACGCGCGGCCGCUGUCCCUUGAAGAGGCCUUGUCAGGCGCAAAUGCCUCCGUCACCACCAUUUUGGAUCUCCAAGACGCUAAGAACAAGUUUCCUCCGCUUGUGAUACCCACCAACUUGAAAUUGCCAGGUUCAGCGCAUGAUCUGGCUGAAGCUCUAGAAGGUUUCCAGAAGAGACAGUCUACCUGCUCGAACGUUCGCGUCCGUACCGAAUGGGACAAUUAUUCAAACAGUGAUCGACAAGCGUACAUCGAUUCUAUAAAAUGUAUGAUGAAGAAGCCUCCGUCAGGACAAUUCAGUGUAUCCAGAAACCGCUACGAUGAUCUCGUUGGGCUUCACCAGACGCUCACUCCAAACGUUCAUGGUAAUGCCAAGUUCCUCCUAUGGCACAGAUACUUUGUGUGGACAUUUGAACAGCUUCUCCGGGACGAGUGCGGCUUUGAUCGCGAACUACCAUGGUUUGAUGAGACUCGCUAUGCGGGUCGGUUCGCGGACUCAUCAAUCUUCAGCCCUCAGUGGUAUGGAAGCAUCAAAGUCGGUGGACAGUGUGUCACGGAUGGCCAAUUUGCCAAUCUUGCCAUCAACUAUGGACCAGGCACCGGCAACACGCCGCAUUGCUUAGCGCGAAACAACGAUGAUUCCCAGACGGCAAACACCGGCAAUGCUAUCGUCGACGCGUGCAACAGCCGCAGUACUUAUGCUGAUAUGGCUUCGUGCGCUGAAGGUGGUGCUCAUGCAUGGGGCCACAACGGUAUUGGAGCUGUCAUGAAGGAUGUGUAUGCAUCUCCCGCCGACCCGGUCUUCUUUUUGGUAUGUAAACGCUACGACUGCCGAGAUUCCGCUAAUCAGACAAUAGCACCAUGGUUUCAUCGAUCGCAACUUCCGCAUCUGGCAGAACAAUGGAGGCAAUCAGCGUAUGACUACUGUCGGGGGCACUGACGCCGCUGGACGUGCCCUUACUCUUGAUACCAAGAUCAAUGUGUAUGACUUCCGCCCUGAUGUGCGCAUCGGAGACAUCCUCGACACGACAGGGCCGGCACUGUGCUACAAGUACAACUACUAG